AUGGGCAGCAAUGGAAAUAAUGGCACCAAUUUUGGUGAGUAUACUUAUGCAAAUUUGGAGAGGGAGCCUUACUGGCCAACUGAGAAGCUCCGUAUCUCCAUAACUGGUGCUGGUGGCUUCAUUGCCUCCCACAUUGCACGGCGUCUGAAGAGUGAGGGCCACUACAUUAUUGCUUCUGAUUGGAAAAAAAAUGAGCACAUGACUGAGGACAUGUUCUGCCAUGAGUUCCACCUUGUUGACCUCAGGGUGAUGGACAACUGCCUAAAAGUUACUCAAGGUGUGGAUCAUGUAUUUAACCUUGCAGCUGAUAUGGGAGGCAUGGGUUUCAUCCAGUCCAACCAUUCAGUGAUCAUGUACAAUAAUACCAUGAUCAGUUUUAACAUGCUUGAAGCUGCAAGGAUUAACAGCGUCAAAAGGUUCUUCUAUGCCUCUAGUGCUUGCAUUUACCCUGAAUUCAAGCAGUUGGAGACUAAUGUGAGCUUGAAGGAGUCUGAUGCUUGGCCUGCAGAGCCUCAAGAUGCUUAUGGCUUGGAGAAGCUUGCUACCGAGGAGUUAUGCAAGCAUUAUACCAAGGACUUUGGCAUCGAAUGUAGGAUUGGCCGUUUCCAUAACAUCUAUGGCCCAUUCGGAACAUGGAAAGGUGGAAGGGAGAAGGCCCCUGCUGCUUUCUGUCGAAAGGCGAUCACUUCUGCUGACGUGUUUGAAAUGUGGGGCGAUGGACUCCAAACUCGAUCCUUCACUUUCAUUGAUGAAUGUGUGGAGGGUGUUCUGAGAUUGACAAAGUCGGACUUCCGUGAGCCAGUGAACAUCGGAAGUGAUGAAAUGGUGAGCAUGAAUGAGAUGGCUGAAAUUGUUCUCAGCUUCGAGAACAAGCAACUUCCCAUCCAUCACAUCCCGGGGCCGGAGGGUGUUCGAGGGCGCAAUUCCGAUAACACUCUUAUUAAGGAGAAGCUCGGCUGGGCCCCGACGAUGAAACUGAAGGAUGGACUCAGAUUCACAUACUUCUGGAUUAAGGAACAGAUCGAAAAGGAGAAAGCUCAAGGCAUCGACUUGUCCAUUUACGGUUCUUCCAAGGUGGUCGGAACUCAAGCGCCCGUCCAGUUGGGCUCGCUUCGUGCCGCCGAUGGCAAGGAGUAAAGUCGUUGAACUCAUGAUAUUCCUGCUGUAUGGGAUUAUCAUAUCCGAAUGUUGUACUACCGUCUUUUUCAUCGUCUUUUUUGACUCUGAUAUAUUUAUCAGGGAACUGCUUUUGUUUCUAUGUUCAUUUCAUGUUCUAGUGUGUUCUAUUAGUCUUCAAAAUGGCUUGCUAGUUCUGCAUGCCUCUUUCUCUCUAUAUGUAUGAGUUACAAAUAAGUGAUUAAUAGAAUAUGCUGUAUUUCUUGUUUUAUCAAAAUUGUUCUAUUUUUAUGGAUUU